AAAAAGUACCGCAUUUUAUGCCAGCUAUAGUGGCAGGCGUCAUUUCUACCACAUUGUCAGUGUGGCGACGUGGAGUAUACCAUUCCGAGGAAGGCAAAAACUUUCCUAAAACUACUGUACUUCAGUAAUUCAAUUGACUAUUUACGUUUGAGAUAUUUUCCUCUGAGGAUGCAUCGCUUCGUACUUAUUCUAACCAUCGCAAAUUGCGCGCUCGCUGCAGAACUGAACGUGAUUUAUGAAUGGAAAUACGUCGACUACGUCUGGAACAGCGAAGAAGAUCGACAGUCGGCAAUUGCCGAAGGGAGAUACAACGAGACGCAGGUCAUCACGAUCGACGUUCAGAAGGCUUCAGAUGGACGUGUCUUUGUGACUACGCCAGCGCUCUUUACUGCCGGAACUCCGGCCACCCUUUCGACAAUAUCUUCGAGCCAAGGUCCAGGUGGUCCGCUGUUGCAGCCCUAUCCAGAUUGGUCCUGGCACAUGCCUGGGAACUGCAACGGCAUCACAAGUGUGUGGAGAGUGGCUGUUGACGAAUGCGAUAGACUCUGGGUGCUUGACAGCGGAAAAAUUGGCAGUGCAGACCAGGUGUGUCCAGCUCAAAUUUUGGUAUUUGAUUUAAUAACCGACACACUGCAGCAACGAAUUACCAUUCCAAACGACAUCUCGCACAGUCCCGCGAACGAGUCUCUGGGACUACUAAUUACGCCUGUAGUUGAGACGGAGGGCUUCGACUGCCAGCGGACAUGGGUUUACAUAGCUGACGUUCAGGGUGGAGGUCUCAUAAUAUGGGACGGAUGGCAGUUUUUGCGCCUUGACGACGAAGCGUUCAAAGCGGACCCAACGGCCACGACGUUCUCCAUCGCUGGGGAUAAUUUCACUCUUGCGGACGGGAUGUUCGGACUCGCGUUAUCACCCUGGCAUCCGCUGCAACCUCGCAGUUUAUUUUUCAGGCCGUUGGCCUCGCUCAGAGAAUACUCCUAUGCUGUUCACGAUCUGCAUAGGCUGAUGUUUGGAUUCGGCUCCGUUAAUUACAUCACUUCCAACUAUGAAUUUCCCAGUCAGGUUACCGCACAAGCAUUUUCACGGGAAGGUAUCCUGUUCUUUGGACUAACGAGAGAAAUAGCAAUAGCAUGCUGGAACAUGAAUCACCCGAUGGACGACGAGCACGUGGUGAUCGUGGCGCAAAACAACGACACCUUGCAGUUCGCUAGUGGAGUCAAGGUUUCGAAACGCGGAUAUGAUGAUUUCGAAGAAGAACUUUGGGUUUCGACAAACCGCUUACAAAAAAUAUAUACUGGCACUCUAAACGUUGAUGAAAUCAACUUCAGAAUUCUCAUCGCUAUGGUCGAAGACCUCGUCCAGGAUUCUAAAUGUUAAUCAUUGCAAUUUUUUAAAUAAGCCUGGUUGAAAUUGUAUUCGUGGACUUUAAACGGCAUUCAGCCGUUUCAGCUUGUAUAGCCAAGUCUACGUUUGUGUGUUCAACCAAUUGUCAGUAGCAAUUGAAAUUUGCAUUCAAAGUUAAAUCCGUAAAAAAUUCCCAUUUUUGCUUUCUGUGCCAUGCUUUCAACGCUCUUAAUUGCUGCUCUGUCACCCCCAGGAGAAAAUUUUAUGGCUGACAGUUACAGUAGAGACGCAAGUAAAAGAAUCAAAGAAUUGAGUAGAAAAAGACAAACAGGUUCCGUAUAAUAGUCAAGAUACCAAAAAAAGUCGACAACUAUGUUUUCUUCACUCUGAAAUUCACUCAAGUAUAUUUAAUGCCCCUAAAUACUAGAUGAAUCGAUUGAUAUAUCAUUUAUUGUUAUAUUUUACACAUCUGCAAGGUUCUAAAUAUUAUUUGGUAUUUCGCUUCAACCGAUUGUUAUAUUUUUAUGACAAACUCUCACACGCAUAUUUCAUUGUAAUCUUCUUUUCCGCCUUCGGGCAAUUCUGCUAUUUUAAUUUUUUCUUUUCAAUGACUCGCUUUUGGUACCUAUGUAUAAACAUUUUUGUAGAAUAAACAAUAUGCCCCAAAACA